AUGCAGUGCAAUAAAAGUAAACAAAGCAGUGAAGUGCAGCUCGACCAAGAGCUCGAGUCGAGUAGAGCAAAGACCAGCUCGAUCGAGUUUAGGGACGAGUUGAGACAAACAAAGCUAAAGCUCGAUCGAGUUGAAGCUUGGCCGGUCGAGUUGAGGAACUCGACCGGUUGGUCGAGUGACGGUCGAGCUGGUCUUCAAGAUGGCUUCUCCCUUCUUCCUUUGCGUAUCCAGUUGAGCUGCUUCCAUGUGCCAAGUCCCUCCAUGCUCCUCGUCCAUAUGCUCCAGAAUGCUCCAAAAGACCUAUUUCAAAGGACCAAACAUGCAUAUUACAUCAGGAACUCAAGUUUCUUGACAUGGGAAUCAAGCCCAUCCUCUCACGACACAAGCGAUGGCAAGAGGAUCAGGGGAGAUAGAUCCAACACAGGGAACUUGAUGCCUUUCCUUGAUCACCUCCUCACCUACAAGACCACGCCUACAACACUCGCAUCAACAAGGGAGCGCCUAAGUGUUGGAGGGCUCAUCACUCCUAUCUUGUGUGCUGCUGGAGUGAACCCAACUGAUAGGAAGCCACUGAACCAGUUGGGCAUGACGGAUUUGCGAGAAGAGGAGCCUGAGCUCGAUCGAGCUGAGGGUCGAGCUGAGUCUCAAGCUGAGGAUCGAGGUCCAGGGGAGUGCGGAUUUGGGAGCCUGAGUGCUAUUAUUUUGAGGAGUAUGAGGCUCCAAGGAUGA